AUGGCCUUAGAACAGCCUAAGUCAUACCACUCUGACCGUGCGGAUGCGCUCUGCCCAGGGCAUCCUGAGAUUGAACAUGAGGGUAUUGAAGUUACGACAGGCCCUUUGGGGCAGGGUGUGGCGAACGCUGUUCGUUUAGCUAUGGCCACGAAGAAUCUGGCAGCAACCUUCAACAAACCUGGCUUCGACAUUGUUAGUAAUUAUAUUUGGUGCAUGGUCGGUGACGCAUGUCUUCAGAAGGGUGUUGCUCUCGAGGCUAUCUCCUUCGCUGGGCACCUGAGACUGAAUAAUCUGACUAUCAUCUACGACAACAACCGGAUUACUUGUGACGGCUCGGUGGAUCUUACAAACACGGAGGAUAUCAAUGCUACAAUCUCAGAAUAUCACAUAUGGGUUCUCGCCAAUGAGCACUUCAUCAUUGGCGAUCAUGUGCGUGCAUUUUUGCCGACUUACCCGCUUGUGGUGAGACCUCGGUGCAAGAAUGGAACCAACUGCUGGAGCCGCAUGCGUGGUGACCUUUCUGGAAACUGGAAAGAUCUGAUCCCUACCAGUUUCCCAGAAACUCCUAUGGCCACUCGUGCUUCAUCUGGCCUUGUCUUCAAACCUAUCGCAGAGAAAUGCAGGGCCUUCAUGGUUGGAACUACAGACUUAUCUCCGUCUGUUCAGUACGCUAGGGUAUGGUAUGUUGGCAGCGAAAGUGGAAAUGUUGGCGAUUUAGGCGAGGUCGUUCAUGGAAGAGAUCAAAAGGCACGAAAGACAGUGGAUAUGGAGGGAUAA